GGGGGUAUAUAUGUGUACCUACUAUUUAAAUAGUGUUAUGUUUUAUCUCUUUAAAUUAAAGAACGUAAAACCACCCAAAUAUAUUUGUGUGAAAAUCCGGCCCUGUUUUUUACCUGCUCUUCGAGAAACAUAACAUUGCUUCCUUGGCGCUAGCUAGCCGUGCGCUCGCAUUACCAGUGCAAGCGAGGUCUUCGAAUACGUAUCUUUGUUUCGGAUCGCAGUGUCACAAGUUAAGCUGGUUUGAGAGCGUUCAGUCGCCUACCUUAGACGCACCAAUAGAGAUCAGACAGCUAUUCUGUUAGAAUUCUGUAUUAGUUCAUAAUGAAUCUUAUUCCGUGCUCAAUAGAGUACUAAUUCAAUAAAUACUACCUAUGCGGCCUCACCAUUUUUUCAUAGUGGCACGCGCCUUUGCGGUUUUUAAACAACAGAUAAGACGAUAAUCCGUAGAAGCUCACGGAGAAAAAUAGAAACUAUACUAACAUACAUAAUGUAAACUUGUUGUUACUAACAUAAUAUGGAUGAUAAUUGUCCGAAAUAAAUGCUUUUAUAUUCAUUUCAUUUUCAUUUUGAAAAAUAAUUUUCGUGGAAAGAAGUUAUUAAGCUUUACGUUAUGAUUUUUUUAAUACACUGGGUUAAAAAACCCUAUUAGCAAUCCCAAUGUUAUUUUUAAAGACAUAUCGGUUGAUACGUGGACGAAUACUUGGUACGUAUUUAUUUUACUGGAAGAAACACUUUUACAAUUUUAAUUACAUGUGUGGAGUGCCCCUCCUAAAUAUAUAUUCCUCCUAAAUACAUACGGACUGAGGAAAAUAUAAAAGAGUUCCGUUUUUGCCAUUUUGUCUACGGAACCCUAAAAAGUGAGAGCCCAACAACUUACACAAAUCAAAAUAUUUAAUAUAAAUAUACUAAUUUCUUUACUAGUUGUAAUCUAAACAUGCUGUUGGCGUUGCCUCGCUGUAUACCUACUCGUACUUAACAAGCGACAUCUGCUGCACUAAGUAAUGCGCCGCCACUGUAAUUUGAUUGUUUUAAUAUUGACUUGUCUCUAGUUUUACGAACUGCAGGUUUGAAGGAUUUAAGUUUAACGAUUUUUUUUUUAUCUGGUCAGCCCCUCAUCUCAAUGUGAACCAUGCGAAAUUUCUUAUCACUUGAAUGAGACAGAAGCAUGUGUGUGUGAAUACAAACAUGUUAUUGUAGCAGUAUUGUGGUGUUUAUAACGUGCCCCCCAGGAGUAGGGCUCCAGUUGCGGCUGCUUAUUUGGCACUUAAAACGGCUUCGAUAUGUUGUGGAAAUUUGUUGUUGUUGCUUCACUAGCUUUGGGAGUAUAUGGUCGCUCCACGGUCAAUGUUCCUGACAAUUCGCCUUUUGAUGAGUACAGUCAACUAGUGAUUAGGGAAUAUUGCAACGCCACUCAUGCUGAAGACAAGACAUCAGAAGUCAAGUCUGCAAUGAUAGCAUUCGCAAAGUGUUUGAACGACGCGAUUGAUUUUGAAAUUUUCGCUAAAGAAAUGGAAAAAGCGGAGAACAGCGGAGUAUAUGAUGAAGUAAUCCAAAAGUACUGUGCCAAAGCUCCGCAACUAAAGGAAUGUACUAGCGAUCUGGUCAGAGGAAUGUCUCCAUGCCUGCCGGCCGGUUUGGAUCGUAGCGCCGUGAAGAGCACCAACACCCUGAUCGACUUCGUUUGCGAUAAUAAUGGAGCCAGGAUAACCUCAUUUAUUAGAGAGGAUGGUCCACGGUGCAUUAAGGAUAAGAUGUUUUAUAUUGCAUACUGCCAAGAUGUCAUAACAUCAAACCUCACGAAGUUUACAAAUGCCUCCAGAGGCGGAUUAGCUAGUUCACUGUACACUAUAUCUGAAAUGGACAGGUGUGUCUUGGUAGACCAAAGUUUGGAGUGUUUGGUGAACGUGAUAAAGAGUUGCCCGAACCCAGCUAUCGGAAAACUGGGUCAGGAGUUCCACGACGUCUACUUAGAAAGCCUGUCUUGCUCUGAGGUAACACAACAUGCAAAUACAGGAGUACUCGCUGAAGGAAUAGCAGACACUGCAAUUGGAAGCUCAGAUGAGGGUAACAAAGACAUUGAUCAACUUAAGAAAAUAAAACUUGAGUUAGAAGUGCGGACUGCGGAACUCGACAUUUGGUACAGAGAAAACGAACUGAACGUGCAGCAUACCGCCCUCACUUCGGAUAUAAAGCCGCAGGGUCAUUAGAUCUCCAGCCCUGUUGAGUCUUUUUUCAUAAUAAAAUAACCCAAUGUGGACUAUAUUAAAAUAAAACUUAAACAAAACUACAUAAAAAAGGGAAAGAAACUACGACUAAAGUUAUAAAUAAAAAACUUGCUCCAGCUCGGUGCCUUGUGGCAAGGUGCCUAAAGACUAGCGGCAUUGUUGCGCGCGGUAAGAGCCAGCCCUCCUGUCACUCGUUGCCUCCACGAGGCGCUUCACCAGCUCUUUGAAAAUGUGGUGUUUCUGUAAUACGAGUAUAUCGCCAAAGAAAUUGGAUGCAUAUUGAUAUUGAUGUAGUAGGAACUGACCAUCAAUUGACAUCGACAUCAUCACAUUAUACCUAUUAGUAAAUUUUAUGGGAUCUUUAGAGGCGGAGGCUUUAGAGGGGGUAUUAGUUUUAUUAUAUGGCUAGUUUAGUUUUAAUUUUAAGAUAGAUACAUGAUAUUUGAAACUUGAGGUCUAUGGUGGGACCCCAUGACGCGCGCAAGUUUAUUGUAGAAAUCGUGAAGCGUCUGGUUGACGUAACUGGUGACCCUUAGCUGGCGGCUUCCUCACACAACGUAUCAGCAUUGCGAUACAAGGAGGAAAUGCCGCCAGUAUCCUUAGUACAAUGUCUUAAGGGUCUAUUUUAGAUUUAAGCUAGUUAUUAAUAGUAAUACCUCUGUAUAAUAUAUCUAUCUAUUAUGUAAAUAAAGUUUUUGGAUGCAUUCAAAA